GGGGCCUACACUCGGCGUUUCCGGUUCGUUCGGCCUGACAAUGACGGAGCAGGGCGCCUCUCUGGACGACCCCUGGGUCAAGGUGGAGUAUGCGUACGGUGACAGCAGCCUGGAUCCCGGGCUCUUUGUAGAAAGUAACCGAAAGGGGAGUGUAGUGUCCAGGGCCAAUAGUAUUGGCUCCACCAGUGCUUCCUCAGUCCCCAAUACAGAUGACGAGGACAGUGAUUAUCAACAGGAGCCCUACAAGGAGUCAUAUAAGGACAGGAGGCGCCGAGCCCACACACAAGCAGAACAGAAGAGGAGAGAUGCCAUCAAGAGAGGCUACGAUGACCUUCAGGCCAUUGUCCCCACCUGUCAGCAACAGGAUUUCUCCAUUGGCUCCCAGAAGCUCAGCAAAGCCAUUGUUCUUCAGAAGACCAUUGAUUAUAUCCAGUUCUUGCAUAAAGAGAAGAAGAAACAGGAGGAGGAAGUUUCUACACUACGAAAGGAUGUCAUGGCCCUGAAAAUUAUGAAAGUGAACUAUGAGCAGAUUGUGAAGGCACACCAGGAUAACCCUCAUGAAGGGGAGGACCAGGUCUCUGACCAGGUCAAGUUCAAUGUGUUCCAGGGCAUCAUGGACUCUCUGUUCCAGUCCUUCAAUGCCUCCAUUUCUGUGGCCAGCUUCCAGGAACUGUCAGCCUGUGUCUUCAGCUGGAUUGAGGAGCACUGUAAGCCCCAGACCCUCCAGGAGAUUGUUACUGGGGUGCUGCACCAACUGAAAAACCAGCUCUACUGACGCUAGCGUUUCAGCCAACGCUGCUGGAAGUGUGGAACAGGGAGGCUUGUUGAGUUCUGCUUCUGACAUCUCAGACAGAACACAUUUGCUUUGUUUGCUGGGUUUUGGACAGUUUCUGACUAAUUUAUUUUAUCAGUACUAAGCAAACCCAUCUCAAACCUGUGGGAGUUCUAGGGGCCAUUGGAUUUGUCCCCUAGAAAUCAUUUCUGGCAAGAAACUGGAGGCAGAGAAAGUAUUUAUGUAAUCAUGGAGUUCCACUGGCACUUAUCCCCAGUGGUGCUGUCAUGUCUGUCCCUGGCACAGAAAAAAUUUUUAGCAUGUUAUAUGGGGAUUUUAUCCGUAGGGAGUCUGCCACGGUGAUCAGAAACCUUACAACAAAUUUCUUAACUUUUCUUUCAAUGUAAUCUUUUUAAGCUUACAAUUUUAUUAAUUUUUUUAAGUCAGGCAGGUCUUAUGGUACCUCAGGCUUACACGCCACCUCUUUUCACUUGAAGAGUUCAUUAGGGAUAGAUGGCCAUUCUCCUGUCCACUUCCUACCACGAUUUCUAUCAGAAAUGAGCCAGGGGAGAGUGGAUAAACUUCUGUCUCAGAUACAUAGAAGCCUAGCCCCUCUCCUUUUUUUCAGGCUUACCAUCCAAUAGAAACUAUUUUUAUAUCAAAUUGUAAUUGCAAUAAAUUUUACUAAAUGCUUAA